CUCUUUCUGCAGAUGGCGCGACCAAUCCAGGUGAAGCCUGCAGACAGCGAGAGCCGUGGAGGGGACCGGAAGCUCUUCGUGGGCAUGUUGAAUAAGCAGCAGUCUGAGGAGGAUGUCCUUCGGCUUUUCCAGCCCUUUGGCGUGAUCGACGAGUGCACAGUGCUCCGGGGCCCUGAUGGGAAUAGUAAAGGCUGUGCCUUUGUGAAGUUCUCGUCACAUACGGAAGCCCAGGCUGCCAUCCAUGCCCUCCAUGGCAGCCAAACAAUGCCAGGCGCCUCCUCCAGCCUGGUGGUGAAGUUCGCGGACACAGACAAGGAGCGGACCCUUCGGAGAAUGCAGCAGAUGGUAGGCCAGCUGGGCAUCUUCACGCCAUCCCUUACACUGCCCUUCAGCCCCUACAGUGCCUAUGCGCAGGCUCUCAUGCAGCAGCAAACCACAGUGCUGUCCACCUCCCACGGCAGCUACCUGAGCCCAGGUGUGGCCUUCUCCCCCUGCCACAUCCAGCAGAUUGGCGCUGUAAGCCUCAAUGGGAUUCCUGCUACACCCAUCGCCCCAGCAUCUGGGCUACACUCUCCACCACUCCUAGGAACAGCAGCUGUGCCAGGUCUUGUCACCCCCAUCACCAAUGGCUUCGCAGGUGUGGUGCCUUUCCCUGGUGGGCAUCCAGCCUUAGAAACUGUAUACGCCAAUGGCCUUGUGCCCUACCCAGCUCAGAGUCCCUCAAUGGCUGAGACCCUCCACCCGGCUUUCUCAGGAGUCCAGCAGUACACAGCGAUGUAUCCAACCGCGGCCAUCACGCCCAUCGCCCACAGUGUCCCACAGCCUCCGCCUAUUAUCCAGCAGCAACAGCAGCGAGAAGGUCCCGAAGGCUGUAACCUGUUUAUCUACCACCUCCCCCAGGAGUUUGGAGACAGCGAGCUGAUGCAAAUGUUCCUGCCCUUUGGUAACAUCAUCUCCUCCAAGGUGUUCAUGGACAGAGCCACUAACCAGAGCAAGUGCUUCGGUUUUGUGAGCUUUGACAACCCAUCCAGUGCCCAGACAGCCAUCCAGGCUAUGAAUGGCUUCCAGAUUGGCAUGAAGAGAUUGAAGGUCCAGUUGAAGAGGCCCAAGGAUGCCAGCCACCCUUACUGACAGGACCUGCGGCACAGGCGAGGGGCAAAUCCAGAGGACGGUUUGCAGCUUCAAAUAGAUCCAGGAGAUUCCAGUAAAUUACAAACUGUUUUUGACACCAGCCCUCCCCUUCCUAUCCCCCUGCAACACCCCACCCCCCCAAAAAUGUGAAACAUUGGAGAGGAACGCAGCUUUGGAAGGCGACGGCAAGGAGAUCCUUCCCAUGGGGGGCUCCAGCAAUGUCCUGGGGACCAGAACAUGGCCCCUUGGGGACCAAGGAUUCUCCACCCUGAGAGGACACGGGGAAAGAGUGAAGCAUUGUGGACCAGAAAGUUCAUUGUUGUGUCUCUAGGUCACCAUGACAACUCUCAGAACUUUGAGACUCACCCUUUCAUAUAUAUACAUAUAUAUAUAUACAGUAUAUAUUUUUUUUUAAGUAAAUCACAGGACCAAACUUUGCAGAGACUUCUGCCUGUGGGAGAAGGAUUACGUCAUCUCAACAGGAACUUAAGGAGCCCUGAACAUUAUCAGAGGGAAAAACGGAAGGGUGGCAAGAAUAAGGCACCCUCUCGCUCUCUCUCUCUGCUCAGUAUUAGGUUCGGGCUUUUGGAGAAGCAAGGAUGGAAAGUGCUCCAACACUAUAUACCUCCAGGAUCUUGUUACCAUGGCGGCAACUGGAUGAAAUAUUGAAGAAUCUUUGGAUGGCCUUCAGGCCAGCUUGGUUAGGCAAGCUUGAGUCCUUGGAGGGCCAGCAGGCCCAUGGAUUUGAGACUCUGGCUCAAUCCCACCCCCAUAGGAAUCCCCUUGCACCUGGGUUUAGGCACAAAAAUUACCUUUGACUCCUCCCUCCCCCCCAUCCCUGCUCACGCCCUUGUCUUCCCCAUCAUCUUUAUAUUCAUAGCCUUAUCCUGUCCAGCCCUUGGGUUCCAUCUUUCUUCUGUGGGGUGCUGGGGGGAGGGAAUUAGGGGACCACAUCCUAUCCACCUCCCAGCCCCCUGGCAGCUGCCUCCUGCCCCUGAAUAUACCAGCCUGGAAACCAACCCCCUGCCUUACUUAGGGGGUCGAGAAUGAAGAGAACUAGGCUCAGCGGUGUUCAGUUGGUCCAAACUCUUACUGACCAAGCACACCCUUGGGACGAUGUUUUCUCCAGGGAUGAUUAGCAGGAAGGGAAACUGUCUUUUGUCACCAAUUUGGUCCUUCUCUGAGCUGGUGCCAGGAAGAACCGAGCAAAGCAGAUUUUCCCAAGGAUACAGAAGGCAGCCCACGUGUAUCUAUCCAGAUAUAUCUCUAUCUCCAUAUAGAUUCCCAUACUUUAAGCACAGAACCAAGUUCAAAGCUUGGUUAGUCUCAUUCCCAAACCAGGGGAUGAUCCGGCUAAGAUACAUAACAAUUGGACCACUUGAAAGCAGCCCCUUUCAUUUCUACCAAAAUACCCUAAAAGACAAAAAAAAAGAAAAAGG